AUGUGGGCAGCUACGCUUGAGAAUCACCGUUCAGACCGAUGGAGCAUGCCAUCGUCCCUUUUGAAGAUUUUUAUGGUUACCCUGUGGUGGAAGUCCACCAGAGAAUUGGUUUCGGAUAGCGGGGAUGGACGCGA